AUGAUUCGCGGCAUUUGCAUCCUCCUCGCCCUCCGCGGCGGCGCAGCCGAACCCAACAGUGACGCGGUGCCAACUUGCGCCAAGAAGGGCGUGACCUACGUGAGCGAUGUCAAGGGCACGCCCAAUUCCGCGUGGCUCUACACCCCGAAGAUGUGCCAGAUGGCCUGCUACAUUAACCCAUCCUGCAAGCAUUUCUCGUGGAAGGAGGACUCUUUCCCCGGCGGUGCCUGCAACCUUCUGGGAGAGGAUGUGCAGGAGAAGGUCGAUGAGAAGUCGUACAGUGGCCCAAAGGCCUGUGCGGGUGAGGUCCCGGUGAACGCGGCGUCGAUGGCGGAUGCCGCAAGCAAUGUCGGCAACACGCUGAACCAAUUUGGCAACGAUCUUGCCCAGAAGGCAAACGAGGUCGGCAGCCAGUUCAGCAACCAGCUGAACCAGGCCGGACAGGAAAUGGACAAGUUUGGAAAGGAUUUGACCCAGCAGAUGAAUCAAGCCAGCAAUGACCUGAGCCAGAAGGCCAAUGAGUUCCACAACCAGGUCAACCAAGUCGGGCAGGAUCUCGCCCAGCAGGCAAAUCAGGCCAUGGACGAUCUGACCCAGAAGGCCAAUCAGGCCCACACUGAUCUGACCCAGCAGACUCAGGAUUUGACCCAACAGGCGAAUCAGGCCAGCAGCGGCCUGAGCCAGAAGGCCGAUGAGCUCAACGAUGUCGGCAAGGACCUGACACAGACGGCCCAGGAUGCGAUGGAGUCCGCGGGAUUGCAGGCCAAGGAGGCCGCUGACCAGAUGGGCGACAAGGCCAACGAGAUCCUCGGCUCCGCUCCGGGAAGCUCGGGCGGCGGUGGCGACAACACCAUGACCUACGGCGUGAUCGGGGGCAUCGCCGGGGCCCUUGCGUUGGCGGGCGGCGCCUACUACUUCAUGUCCGGAGAUGAGAAGAAGAAAAAGAAGUCCAAGCGUGCCGUCAGUGUGGACGCAGCGCCCAUGAUCGAGGAGGUGCCGGAGGUCCCUCAGGUCACCUCGCCACAGGCCUUCCCGCAGCAGUUCCAGAACCAGGUCCAGAACGUGAUGGCCUACGCCAACCAGCAGAUGCAGCAGGCUGCGCCACGGUAUUAUCACCAGGUGCCGCAACAGGCCCAGGCCUACCAGACCGCCACCUACCAGCCCACGACCUACCAGGGCGGCUACCAGGUCCCGAGGAUGUGA